AUGGUUAAUGGUAUGGCUUGCUAUCUAGUUUGGGAUAUUGAACAUACAGUGGGAGCAUCGGGAGGUGGGGUUUCUGGUAUGGAGGGGGCUUCAGAUAGCUGGAAAAGAUCGGAUGAAGUGACUCUGCUAUCUAAGAGAGUUGAAGGCUCUCCUUAUAUACACCGAGCUUCGGAACAUACUAUCUCCAGAUCCCGAGUUCCCCAGCCAAGGCUCUCAGUAUACGCGACAGAAGGGGAUAGCGAGCGAAUGACUGGACCCGAGCAUUCAUUUAUUACGUUCGUAUAUGGUGAAUCGAGGAUAAGACACUGGAUGAGAAACAUUCGGUUCGGAAGUCUGCAUGAUCAAUUUCAGGUAGCAGACAAAACAAACGGCCUCCGUCUUGGAAGUUUUAAUCGGGCACUGAUAACAGCAGAUAUUUUAAUAGGUGUUUGCAACCUCUCUGAUUUGGCCGCAAGUGUGGCUAUCCGACUUUUAGACACUGGUUGGUACAUGAGAUAUCCCACCGGGGUUCGCCAUUUACGCGCUCGACAUACACCGGCGAUAAAAUCUAAGAUGUAUGGUUAG